AUGUCCUACAAAAGAUCUCGAGCAACAUUCGAGGCCGACCUCCAUGCGCCAUACGCCAUCUUCGGCACCCCUUUGCCUGAAGAGGGCGAACGCGACGAUGGCUCAUAUCUCCCACUGUGGAAGCAGGAGGUGAGGGAUGAGAAGGGCAGGCGGAGACUGCACGGAGCAUUCACUGGCGGUUGGAGCGCAGGCUAUUUCAACACGGUGGGAUCCAAGGAGGGAUGGACACCGAGCACCUUUGUUUCGAGCCGCUCGAAUCGCCGCAAAGAUGACUCUGGCCGUUCGCAGCAGCGCGCCGAAGACUACAUGGACGAAGAGGACCUUGCAGAUGCCGCGGAAGCGCAGACACUCAAGACCACCCAGGCGUUUGCCGGGCUAGGGUCAUCGACACAAGAGGAGCUCCGUUCCGGAGGGUUGAUGGGUCUCUUGAGAGCGGACGGGGAUACAAUGGGCUUGAAGCUGUUGCGAAGGAUGGGCUGGAAGGAUGGUCAGGGUAUUGGACCCAAAGUGCGACGGAGCGCACGUCUUGACGUGGGCACCAAUUCCAGCGUGGCAGAUGGCGAGAUGCAUCUCUUUGCGCCAGACAAUGCCGAGGUCAUGCGGUUCAUCCGUAAGACAGAUCGAAUGGGUCUAGGACAUAACGGACAGAGGAAACUUUCCGCGCUGCGCCAUGACAGCAAAGCUGAUAGUGACGAGGAGGACGUCCCUCGUGAUGGCGCGUUGUCAAUAUUGUCCCGGAGUGACACCAAGAAGAAGCCUCAGCGAGGCGGCAUUGGCGUUGGCAUCCUCAACGAUACUGGUUCCGACGUUGAAGACGCUUACGAAAUGGGGCCCAAGAUCAGGUACAAUCGCGUCAUUGGAGGCGAUAAGAAGAAGAAAGGAAAGAAGCUUUCUGCCGCAGCAAAUCCGUCGCUGAAAAACGCACCAGUCUUUAUACCGAAGACCGCCAGAGCCGGGGGCAGCUUGAGGAGAUGCCAGGAUGGGCGGCUUCCUCUGGACGGGUUCGUCCUCGCCAGUGCUACGCCGGACCUGACCGCUGCCCUGGCCAGAUAUGCACCACCGCCAGUUCCACCAGGCUGGACGUCAUCCAAGGCAGCGAAUGUCCAUGGUCAGCCAGGCACGUUUAUCUCAGCUGCGGAGGCGGCAAGAUCAUCGACCCUCGACGCUAAAUCGCGAGCCGCCAUUCUUGGAGAAGCGCCUCUCCCUGGGAAAUCCGUGUUUGACUACAUAUCUGCCGAUGCUCGACAGAAGUUGGCUGCGGCGUCCGGAAGAGCAGACUUGCCUCCCGGCCGCGGUGAGGUCCCGGAGGGAUAUGCCAUGUCAGAAGAAGAAAGGCAAGCAAUGUUAUGGGAGCAAGCUCCGAAGCUUGAUCGUGAAACGGCGGUGGCGGCAAUCGCUCGGGGGCUACGAGGACCUUAUUCAGAUGACGAGGCCAAACGCGCCCGCUACAAACGCUAUCUGGAACACCAUACCAACCCCAAGCUGUCGCCGCCGGAGAAGCCCAAGGGAAUGUCGGAUGACGAGUUUCUGCGAGAAUUGACAGAAUUCCACAACUGCGCGAGGAUCUUCAAGCCAAUGACUGGCUUUAUGGCAUCGAGGUUCACAACGGCCAAAGCGCCACACGUCAUUUCAGCGGACGCAGCACGAGAAAAGGAGCUGAUCUCUGCGCCUGAGCCAAAGCUCUCCGAUCCGGCAGAAGAGGCUGCCAAGAUGGGCAUGUUUGGCCAUAUGACGAGAUCGGUGGAAGAUUUCUACCCUACGCGAUUACUUUGCAAGCGAUUCAACGUGAAACCCCCUGCACACGCCCGACGAGACGACGAGCCCGAAAGCGGCAAAGCAGCUCCAGGCUCGAGUGCAAAGCCGACUUAUGGCAACCCUAUGGACGAUGUGGAGAUGCCAUUGCUAUCUGCAUCUCGAACGUUGAACGAACCCCCCGUGGGCGCGGAGGUAACCGCCGCAGCGGCGACGGGGACAACGAUACCACCUCGCAAACAGUCCCCGACAUUAGAAGCCAAAGGAGGCCAAGUGAAUCCCGACCGAAACGAAGCUGUAGAGGGGCAGACGGCCAAUGUUGAAGUCUUGCGAGCCAUUUUUGGAGACAGUCAAGACGCCGCAGAGAGCGAGAGCGCUGCCCACGAGGCCGAACAGUCGCCGCCGCCGCAGUACCCCGUCUCGGAGGCUUCGUCGUCUUCCCGUCCGCCGCCGUUCUCGUCGCUCUUCUCGUCGGUCCAAGACCAUCCCAGCAGCGAGCCCUUUGGCAAGUUUCCUGCCGUCGCCCCGGAAGGAAGCGCUUCUGCAUCCAUCGCCGCUCCCGCAUACGGCUACGACUCGGAUUCCCGCGCCCCGGAGCCGUUUGACCCUGAUCAGGCCGCCGCGCGCGCCUUUCAAGACCCUGUCGCCGAGACCAAGCGCGCCCUCCCCAGAGACACCAAGGGAGAGUCGAGUCGAAAGGACGACGACGCCGAACCGCCGCCCGCUUACUCGGAGGGGGAUAGUCCUCUCCUAACAUUCUCAUACGUCAUGGCGGCUGCCGGAGGAGCGUCGAGUAUCAUUACUCAGGUCCAGCAAGGCGGACCACCCAUCAAUGCCAUUGGGGAUGUUGGCGCGGAUGAGACAAUCACGAUGGACCUUCGGGGUACCAGGUUUGUUCUAUCGCGCGAUGAGCUGCUCACCCUGCCCGAGUUCGUUCUGUUAUCUCUCUUCCCCAAUGGGCUGUUUCCCGAAGGCCACAUGAGCGGGUUUCCCGAUAGCGAUGCGGUUCAAGUUGACUAUGACCCAGCAUCGUUGCAAUACAUGCUGGACUUCUUCCGGAAUGUGGCUCAGUCAAUCCCUACCGAAUCAUCGCCUGGCGCGUCCCAGGACGGGGAGAUUGUUCCGCUGGAUCCCAUGGGCUCCCGGGAGGAUACCUCGAAAAGAGCCGGCAUCAUCGUGCUGAGAGAAGACCUUGAUUUCUAUGCAAUCACCCCCAACUCGACCAUCACCAAGCCCGAUAUGAUCGAAGUCAAGCGCGCCGCGGCGCGUGCGUUGCUCAAGCAAGAUGGCAUCUUUUCUGGGCUCAAACGAAGCGAUGAACCCGGAACGACUGAGGCUCACCUGAUUGAGAUGCUGACAGCAGGAGGCUUCAACCACGACGAUCGCUGGGGCCACCGAGCAGGCGAACCUAACAAGGCCGUCAUCUGCAGUCUCGCACUGGCUCGGUUGCGCAGCGACAUUCGCGGCAACGAAAUGGGCAACAAUGCCGUCGGCAUGGCGCAGAAGCUGCUCCUGUUCUGGCGAAAACCGGCCAGGCGGUGCUGGUGGGAGGGUAUCGAGCUGGAGAACGUCGAGGGCGUUGAGGGCAAGCUCAAGGUAUGGAUCCGGCGAGUGUGGACGUUGGAGAUGAGCGUGAUUGGACUCCGUUGA